CAGCAACGUAUGACCGCUUUCGUUCUUUUCCGUUGACUUCCUACGGUUUGCAAUAAUAAUGCUAAUGCUAAUCAAGUUGUCAAUUGGGAAAGAUCCAAUGCAUUAUAAGACCCGGGAUCCCAAGCUUUGAUAAGACAUUGCUUCUUCUUGCUCCUCCUCUUCAGCAAUCAACCAAAUCGGGCAUCUGUUUACGGUGAAUUGCAGCCGAAACAUCCCCACAACAGCUGUGCGCAUAUACAAGUCCAUUGAUUGAACUCCGUCAACAUGCAGCACGCCGUUAAGUUGUCCCUCCUCUCCCUUCUCGCUUCGGCUGGAGCCGAGGAGACUGUCCUGGGAGCUUACAUCUACCACCGACAUGGUGAUCGUACUCCCAAGGCUAUUUCGCCUGCCCUCCUCACCACAUUGGGCUAUGAACAAGUCCACGCCUCUGGCCAAUACUGGCGUGAUCGAUACCUUAGUGGCCCUCAGAAGAUCUCCGGAGUCAGCGAGGAUGUCGUGAAGCUCUCGCAGAUAGCCGUCACCGCGUCUGUGAACGAUGUAUUGCAGAACUCUGCCAUGGGUUUCACUCAGGGUCUCUAUCCCCCUGUCGGACAGGAAGUGCAGACACUCGCGAAUGGCAACAAUGUUCAGGCUCCUUUGAACGGCUACCAGCUGAUCCCCGUUAACACUAUCUCGUCUGGUGCUUCGCCGGAGGCUGCUACAUGGUUGCAAGGUGAUAGCGACUGCUCCAAUGCAAAGAUCAGCUCCAACAGCUACUUCGACAGCAAGGAGUACCAGGACCUCUCCGCCAGCACCAAGGACUUCUAUGCUUCCUUGAACCCCGUCGUCAACGCCACUCUCCCGGCAACCCAGGUCAACUUCAAAAACGCCUACACCGUCUACGACCUCAUCAACGUAGCCACAAUCCACAACCAGACCAUCCCCUCCUCCGACCUCCUAACCAACAGCACCCUCCUCCAACUCCACACCCUCGCCAACGCCCACGAAUGGGGCCUCGCCUACAACGCCUCCUCCCCUAUGCGCGCCGUCUCUGGCAUGCAGCUCGCAGGCGAGAUCCUAGACUACAUGAACUCGACCAUCACGUCCGGCCUCAAGGGCUCCACCUCCAACAAGAUCGGCGUCCAGUUCGGCGCCUACGCAACCUUUCUGUCCUUCUUUGGCCUCGCCGAUCUACCCAAGGCGUCCACCGACUUCACAGGAAUCGUCGACUACGCCUCCUCCAUGGCCUUCGAGCUCUUCACCACCGCCGACGUCUCUACCUCCAACGGCUUCCCGAAAUCCGCAGACGACAUCAGCGUCCGCUUCCUCUUCCACAACGGCACCGCGUCCAACACUUCCACCCCCUCCGUCUACCCCCUCUUCGGCGGCUCCGCCACCUCCCUCUCGUGGAAGGACUUCGCAUCCUCAAUGUCCAAGUUCGCAAUCCGCACAAACGAAGAAUGGUGCACUGCCUGCGGAAACUCGACCGGUACCUGCGCCGCGUACGCCCCCUCUUCCAACAACGCAAACAGCAACGAAGAGGGCAAGGGCGGCAGCCACAUGUCCGCAGCCAUCGGCGGCGUCAUCGGCGCGUUCGUCACGCUCGCUGUCGUCAUGGCCGCCCUCCUCGCCGUCAUGCUGAUCGGCGGCGUGAGGUUCGCGAGUAAGAAGACGCUCGCGGGUGUGAGGAAUGGGUCUGCGGUUGGUGAGGAGGUCAAGACCAAGGCUUGAAUACACGCAAUAUGUAAAAUGGCCGAGUUCGAAUGUGACAGGGGAAAGAGAUGAUUGAUACACCGUAACUAAUUAUGAUAUAACGA